AUGGAUUUCCUUCGCAAACCCCAAGCGUACGCCGAACUCAACUACCAACGAAUCUACGACACGUUCCACUGGUUCCUCAAGAUCUCGAUGAUGCGGAUUUUCGACGACGACUUCAUGGUGGGCCCGUUCCAGACGGCUCUUUUCUACUUUCACGAGUUUGAUUUUGAGAUUUCCAUCGUCGUCAUUCUGCUGCACGCGUUCCACUACGGUGACGAUAUCGACACGGCGAUAUUGAGCGUGUCGGCGUUCGUCACCGCCUUCGAGAUACUGCUCAAAAUCAACGGCAUGGUGUACCGACGGAAGGACAUCAUUAGCUUGAUCCGCACGGUGUUGAAUGAUCGCAGCCACCUCGAGGGUCCUAGUGAAGCUGCCAUCUGUGGGAAGUAUCUGCGUUUAGCAAGGAAGCUGCUCUACAUCACGAUCUUGUCGUAUCUGACGACGGGAGUAAUGCUGCUCAGCUACCCGAUCGUGGCGGGUGAGCUGCAUGAGCGAACGCUCCCAUUAGGCUACUCGCUGCCGUUCAUCGAGUAUCGUCGACAUCCUUGGUACCUGAUCAACUAUCUAUUCCAAUUCGUCCAGGUGCACUGGGUUGUGCUGCUGUUUAUCGGGUUGGACGGGCCGUUCUAUCUGUUCGUGUGCUACUCGGCGUCGCAGCUGGAAAUCCUGAUCGUUUAUCUUCGACAGAUCGGAGAAUGUCCCGAUGACUCCGCCGAACAGAGACGACUGAUACGGAAGGUGUUUGGUCAGCACACUCGGCUGUCAGAAUUCCUCGCCACGUGCUCCAAGGUUUACCGGGAGGUGUACCUAGUGCAGGUGCUCUGCUCGAUCGUGCACAUCUGCGUGUCGAUGUUCCACAUCCAGCUGAAGCUCAAGAACGGCUCGUACGGCAUGCUGCUAACGAACGUGAACAAAAUAUGGCUCUUCUGCUACUGUGGCGAGUUGGUCGUAAGCAAGGCAACGGAAUUCAGCACCGGUGUGUACGGGAAUCGCUGGUACCAGCUGUGGAACCGUCGGGACCUGCAGGACAUCCUGUUCAUGCUACGGAACUCUCAGCGGAACUACGGUUUCAGCAUCGGGGGCUUCGGGUUCCUGUCCUUUGCCACCUUCACUGCGAUCAUGAAAACCGCCUACAGCUGCAACGCGUUCCUGCACAGGGUGAUGAACUAA